CAGUAGCCUCUAGUCAGUAGGCUAAAUAUGUAUUUACAUUAUGAACUUCUUCUGAAGGUCAAAUGACUCGCAACAUCUCACAGGUAAGCACACUAUUUAGAUCAGAGCUUUAUCCAUUUAUACACGAACGAAAAAACACCCCCUGUAGUAUGGUCGAGUUGCACAGUCGCAUCUCAGAGUUGGUCAAGAGAUUAGUUUGAAACGUUAGUGCCAGAGAGAGAGAGUAUACCUGAAUCCCCUUUCCCUUUUUUUUUUGACAAUGUCUGCGCCUACGAGGUCAGAGAUAAUACCUUCGGAUGUUCGAGUAGACUGCGACGUGGAAAUACCGAUAACCAUGUGCGAACCUAUCACGACCUCGAACAAGAGGGAAGCACUAGACAAAAAAAACCCGAACGACAUGUCGGCAUUCUGUACUGGCCAGAAUCACUGUUCAACACUCCCGGUUGCUGAUGUAGAUAGGCCUGAUAUAGUCGCACGCGUUGCGAAUAUAACCGCGAUAGUGGUUUGUGUUUUUAUUUUUGCCUUGGCCGCAGUUUUAUUCUGGCGCUGCGAGUCCACGCCAGGCACCUUAAAUGACGGUGAGAUUGUUUACGGGGAUGAAAUAUUCAGAUACAUGCUAAUCAUGCAGAUCCCUACGAUAGUGUUGCUGGUGGCUCUGCUGUUGUUCUUCAUCGUGUUCUGGAACGAACCUGAAGUUUGCAGUCGCCAUCACGCCUUCAUAGCUCACUUCUGGGCCGCGGCGUUUAGUGGAUGUGUAUUCACCAUCGCCUGGGCGGCCGUGAUGUUGCAAGUGACCAGCUUGGAAGCCUUGAACGAGGAUGGCUCGUAUAAAUCCACGUUUACAGAGAUAGUGCUCUGGCUGUUUAUAUGUGAAUGGUUCUGCGAGGCCAUGAUGCUUUCUGCUGUGGUGAGUCGGAUGUACUUCAUGCAUGUCGUCUUCAAUAACGGUUCCAGUGCGCAACCUAAAUACUGGUUAUCAGUGGCGAUCCAUACUGCAAUCUUCAUCGUGUCCAUGACACCCCAGUUGGUGUGUUAUUACGGUCAGAAAGAUUGCUCGGUAUUAGAAUUUCGCAUCGGAAAUCUGUUCUACGAAGCCGUGCUGUGUGGCAGGUAUUUUUAUUACCUGGCCUUUACCAACGUCAGCUCCUUCCAGUACUUCCUGGAUUUCAAAACCAACAUUCGUGUCUUUGCCGCGUUCUUUGUUUUCUACUGGUCCACGAUGAUUUACAGCUGUGCCACGAACAGUUAUGACACCAUUAGUUACUUCCGCUUGUUCAUACAUCCGUGUCUGGUGUGGUUGUUUACCCUGGAUAAUUUCCUAUUGGUGGUACUGCGCGUCCUCAGUCGUCGGUUUGGAAAGUCCACACUGCUACAGAAUUACGAUCUUCUGGGCCAGUACUACGAGGAACUUCAGUAUGGGAAGUGUGUGGGUUGCCUGCUAUUUAAUCAUGAAACGAGGGAUAUUUUGCUGUCAUACGCAGGCAGUCGACACUGUGCAGAAGCCGUCGAAUUCGAGAUAUGCAUCGCCGAGUGCAAGCAACUGGAAAAGCAAUCCGUACAAGAAGCCAGAGAUAUGGCAAGGGACUGUACAGAAAUAUUCGUGAGGGUCAACUCUUCGAAAGAGAUAAACAUCAAGCGGACUGUGCGGAACCGGAUAAUAGACUUGGUGAACAAGGAUAGCUACAAGGAUAUCGAUGACUUAUUUUAUCAGGCCAGCUUUGAGAUUCUGAAUCAAAUCUCGCAGAACCUACUGUCGGGUUUCUAUCAGACACCCGAGUUUAUUGCUUUUCAACAGGAGUGCGAUAAUCGCUCGAAGUUGACAGAAGCAUUACGCGUGAAUGGCCUUAUUGUAGUUGACAAUGUACCUGAUAGUAUGGUGGCGCUCACUGUUGAAGCUCGCCCAAGUAAUGAACAAGCCGAUACUGGGAGCAAUCGCAAGGAGAAAGGUAUAUCAAAUGUGGACAUAGGCACAGGGCAGAGUUUGGAAAUACCAAACAAUAGUUGA